AUGUCGACACUCAAACCUGUUUCUGCGGGCUCAGACGACCCCUCGGUACUCCUGACACUUCCCCCAGAGGUCAGACUAUUGAUCUACAAGUUCGCCUUUACCUACUCUUCACCACUAAAGCUUCGUUCUCCAACGAAACGACGCCUCAGACCUGCGCGACCUGCUAAAGAUGAUGCCAGAGGCUUCUUGGAUACUUGUCGACUCAUUCGCUCCGAGGCAAUUACAGUAUAUUACAGCAUAAACCCAGUGAUCUUCCGAUCCACCAACCAUGCACUAUCAUUCAUCUCAGACCCUCUCAUACAUCCUCAUAUCAAGCUGUCCCUGACGCACAUCGCCGUGGAUUUCGGCGACACCCAUGAUGCUGAUGCUAUUCUGAAAGACCAUAUCAGUCUAGUCGAUGGUAGUCUAGGUCACCUCCCACGGCUCAGGGCAUUAGAAACGCGCUUCUACGCUCGCACGUUGGACUCCUAUCAUUCCUCACACUUUCAAACUUUGGCGUUAGCAUUUGAUGGCCUAGAUGCCGAUAUGAAUGCUCCUCCAUCUCCAAGAUCACCUCGUUCUCCCCGAAGCUCCAUAUCCUCGUCCGAAGACCUUGUGAGCAUGUGCUCAUCUGCGACCUCCGAAUGUUCAUGGCCACCCGAAUGCGAACCAGAGCCAGACAUGUCAGCAAUCCAAGCCGAAGUCAUGGAACAGUAUUGUUUUACUCCCAGUGCAGCCAUUGCCUUUGCGACAUCCAAGCUCAAAUUCUCCGUUGCAGCAUCCUCAGCUCAUUAUCCUGGCGUAAAACACGACAAGCUGAUAUGUUACAAUCUAAAAAUGAGUGCCGACGGAGUUCCGAAUACGCUUGGCGGUGCCAAGGAUGCAGUUUCCCAGCGCGUCAGCCGUGUAGGCAUGCUUCCCCGGCAACUGAGCGAGAUGUACGAUACUGCAGCUGACGGUGGCUUUCACCAACGCGUGCGAGCAACAUUAGCGACCUGCUCCCGAAUUGAUGUUGGUGUCUCGUGA